UCGCGGCGGCCAUUUUGUUCCGCCUGGAGGCCCGCUAAGAUGGCAGCCGGGGAGAAGGUGAAGGUUGUCUCCUGCGAUCGGCGGCCCGGCUAGAGCCGGCAGCGUCGCUCCCAAGCAUGGAUCUGCACACGGCAGUGUACAAUGCGGCGCACGACGGCAAGCUGCUGUUGCUGCAGAAGCUGCUGGCAGGCCGCGGCCGCGAGGAGCUGGACGAGCUGCUGGGUGAGGUGGCGGGCGGCGGCACCCCGCUGCUGAUCGCGGCGCGCCGCGGGCACCUGGACGUGGUGGAGUAUCUGGUGGACCACUGCGGCGCCAGCGUGGAGGCGGGCGGCUCCGUGCACUUCGAUGGCGAGACCAUUGAGGGCGCCCCGCCGCUCUGGGCAGCGUCAGCGGCGGGCCACCUGGCCGUGGUGCGUAGCCUGCUGCGCCGGGGCGCCUCGGUCAACCGCACCACGCGCACCAACUCCACGCCGCUGCGCGCCGCCUGCUUCGACGGCCACCUGGACGUGGUGCGCUACCUGGUGGGCGAGCACAAGGCGGACCUGGAGGUCGCCAACCGCCACGGCCACACGUGCCUCAUGAUCUCCUGCUACAAGGGCCACCGCGAGAUCGCGCGCUACCUGCUGGAGCGCGGCGCGCAGGUAAACCGGCGCAGCGCCAAGGGCAACACUGCCCUGCACGACUGCGCCGAAUCUGGCAGCCUGGAGAUCUUGCAACUGCUGCUGGGCUGCCACGCGCGCAUGGAGCGCGACGGCUAUGGCAUGACCCCGCUGCUGGCCGCCAGCGUCACCGGGCACACAAACAUCGUGGAGUAUCUCAUCCAAGAGCAGCCCGGUCACGGGCAGCUCUCAGGGGCAGAGCUGAGCAGGGAAGGCGGCUCCUCCUCCCAGGGGCCAGACAGCCGCUGUUCCACCCCGGAGGAAGCAGAACCUUACGAGAGCUGCUGCCCUACUAGCCGGGAAGCGGCCGUGGAAGCUUUGGAGCUACUGGGAGCCACCUAUGUGGAUAAGAAAAGAGAUCUGCUUGGAGCCUUAAAGCACUGGAGAAGGGCGAUGGAACUCCGCCACCAGGGUGGGGACUACCUUCCCAAGCCCGAGCCCCAGCAGCUGGUUCUGGCCUAUGACUAUUCCAGGGAGGUGACCACACCCCAGGAGCUGGAGGCCCUCAUCACAGAUCCCGAUGAGAUGCGGAUGCAGGCACUACUUAUACGGGAGAGGAUCCUGGGCCCCUCACACCCUGACACUUCAUACUAUAUAAGGUACCGGGGUGCCGUCUAUGCGGACUCUGGAAAUUUUGAGCGCUGUAUCCGUCUGUGGAAGUAUGCCUUGGACAUGCAACAGAGCAACCUGGAACCCCUGAGCCCCAUGACAGCCAGCAGCUUCCUGUCGUUCGCAGAGCUGUUCUCCUACGUGCUGCAGGACCGCUCAGCCAAAGGCAACCUGGGGAUGCAGCUCGGCUUUGCCGACCUCAUGGGUGUGCUCAGCAAAGGGGUCCGGGAAGUGGAGCGGGCUCUGCAGCUGUCCAAGGAGCCAGGGGACUCGGCACAGUUUACCAAAGCCAUUGCUAUCAUCCUCCACCUGCUGUACCUGCUCGAGAAGGUGGAGUGCACCCCCAGCCAGGAACAUCUCAAGCACCAGACGGUCUACCGCCUCCUCAAGUGUGCCCCUCGAGGCAAGAACGGCUUUACCCCACUGCACAUGGCGGUGGACAAGGAGACCACCAACGUGGGCCGGUACCGUGUGGGCGUCUUCCCCUCGCUGCACGUGGUCAAGGUGUUGCUGGACUGCGGAGCCGACCCAGACAGCCGAGAUUUUGACAACAACACCCCACUGCACAUUGCUGCCCAGAACAACUGCCCGGCCAUCAUGGACGCACUCAUCGAAGCUGGGGCCCACAUGGACGCCACCAAUGCCUUCAAGAAAACUGCCUACGAGCUGCUGGACUCGAAGCUGCUGGCGAAGAGCACCGUGCAGCCCUUCAAUUACAUUACACUACAGUGCCUGGCUGCCCGCGCCCUGGACAGGAACAAGGUCCCUUAUAAGGGCUUUAUCCCAGAGGAGCUGGAGGCCUUCAUCCAGUUACACUGAGCCUGGCCCGGCCACCAGUGUCUGCUUUGGCCUUCUCCAAGCAGGAGC